GCUACGUCGCGUUUCGUUGAGAUGGUGAUUGUUCACGAUUAUAGACAAUUUGUUAAAUUUGGUCGGGACGAAAAGAAACUCUUCGAGCGAAGCAAGCAGGUAGCAAAUAUUGUGAACGCUCUCUAUGCUCCACUCAACAUUUUCGUCGUUUUGGUCGGAGUACGCGUGUGGUCACAGCGAGACGAAAUCGAGGUGGAUAUCAACGCGGAGAAGACUUUGGACAAUUUUCUCCGAUACCGCAUGGAGGUCCUGGCCAAGAGCAUACCCAACGACAACGCUCAGCUGGUCACGGACCUUACUUUCGAAAAGGACGUCGUGGGCAAGGCUCUGAAAGGCCCCAUCUGCACGUACCAGUAUUCGGGCGGAGUUAACAAAGACCACCACGAGUCCGUCGCAGUUGUGGCCGCAACAAUAGCUCACGAGCUGGGCCACAACUUCGGCAUGGAACACGACGAUUUGGGUAGCUGUCACUGCCCCCAGAGCCGCUGCAUCAUGUUUCCCGCCAGCAACGCAAUGGUGCCCCCCACAGCAUGGUCCUCGUGUUCAAUGAACGCCAUACACGAAGCGUUCUCGCAGCACAUGGACCACUGUUUGCUCAACGUCCCCACGAAGAUUGUCGGUGCCUCUUGCGGAAACGGAAUCGUCGAGGACGGUGAAGAAUGCGAUUGCGGUCCAGAGAACUUUUGUACCACAAAAUGCUGCAAUCCAAAAACAUGCAAGCUAAAUGAAGGCGCCACCUGCGGGCACGGAGAAUGCUGCGACCUGGCCACCUGCCUGCCGAGACGAGCCGGAGUCAAGUGUCGAGACCAAGACGGGGAAUGCGAUCUCUCCGAGCACUGCGACGGCAAAUCUCACUUCUGUCCGAGGAAUGUCUUCAAAGCGAACGGCGAAAAGUGUGGGGACGGAGACGCGUACUGCUACAUGGGUUCCUGUGCCAGUCACAACAUGCAGUGCAAGAAACUCUGGGGUCAGACUGGCCACGUGGGACAUCGUGCGUGUUUCUCCGUUAAUGUCAACGGGACGCAGAUCGGGAAUUGUGGAUACGAUAAAAUCCGCAAAGGUUAUGCGAAGUGCAAACAAAAGGAUAUCAUGUGCGGUACUUUGCAUUGUACCUAUGUGACCGAACGACUCGAAUACGGAAUGCUGUCGGCUUCGAAACUGUCGCGCUUUUUCCUGAGAACUGAGAAAGAAACUCACACCUGCAGAUCUGCGAUGGUUGACCUGGGCCCUACGGAUCCAGACCCUGGCCAGGCUCCGGACGGCGCGGCGUGCGGUGUCAACCAGGCCUGCUUGAGUGCACGCUGCGUCGAGCUGGCCCAGUUGGCGUCUCCUCCGUGCGAGUACAGCUGUUUUGGUCACGGGAUCUGCAAUCAUUUAGGCCACUGUCACUGUGAUCCAGGCUACGCGCCCCCAUACUGCAACUUCCCCGGAAAGGGAGGCUCUGUCGAUAGCGGACCCACAACUAACCCCGAAGAAGAGACGUACACUGUCACCAUCAUUUUAUCUGUGGUAUUCCUCGGGGUGACACCUCUAGUCCUAUUCUUCAUUGCGUGGACGAUCUUCUCGAAGAAAGACCUCAUCUCAAAGUAUCGUCUCCGUCGUCGGAAGCUCGCCGUGAAGCACGCUGCACGUCAAGGCCCGCUGCUGAAUUUGUAUGAUAAAUCGCAAAUAUCGAAGCCGGUCUUCACGAAAGCGCCUCCCACCAACGGGGUUCACAAAGGCAGUGUGCAACCGAUCAAUCAGCCGCAAGCACAAAAUCAUCAUCAAGUGCAACAACCCGUAUUGAACGGCAUUGUCAAGAUGGUCGAAACCACGAACUUAGACGUUGAACAUCAAUCGCAAAUACGACCGGCGAGACCCGCACCCCCACCCCCGCCAGGCAAGGCGCGUGCUCCCACUCAAAACGUCCAAAACGCAGACAACGCAACGGCGAACAAUUUGAAACGCACUAAGUCGUCGAACAAUUCGAUUCGACGACCCAGUGCUCCGCCACCCCCUAAGCCAAGUCCCCUCUACGAGAACAUGGAAGCUUUACGAGCCCAGAUGAAUAAUGAACUGAAGACGGCUGUCAACACACAAAAGGCAGGCGACGAGAGCCAUCCAUUGGUCUAA